AUGUCUGCAUCUGAGAACGUUACGUCUACUUCCGCCGCCGAUAAUGCGGCUCCCCGUGCGGAGCUCGACAUCAGCAAGCUUCAUGCGCUUCCCUCCGAACAACAGGACCUCUACCUCCUCACCUUUACCUCCGACCUAGUUCAACACUUAUCAGGAUUGGAUCAGGCGCAGGUCUCAUCGCAGCAGAAAUUCCUGAAAAAAGAAUUGUUCAAGAUUUUGACGCUUUCUUCGCCAACAAUCACGCGGGUCAUUCGCAAUAACCUGGGACGCUGCUUCGGUGCUAUCUUCAGGAAAGGUGAUCGCGGGGUACUCUUUGAAACAGUAAAUGACCUGCUAGGAAUUUUGAAUGCAAGCAAAAAUGAUGCCGAGCUCAAGACCAAAUUCGCUGCAGCCCACUGUUUGGGAGAAGUGUUCGCGGUCGCGGGGGAGAGUGUCUUUGCCCAAGGCGGCGUUGUUGUGUCAAGCUUACUGAAGCUCCUCAAAGCCUCGAGCAACCAUACAGGAUGCCGUGGGUCAGUGUUUUCCGUUCUGCGAAAAGUGGUAGUUGGCUCUGGGGUCCCGGUCGACGAAACUACAGCACGAGACAUCUGGAAGCAGGCCCGCAAUGCCGCAACCGGGGAUAAAUCGACCUUCGUUCAGGUCCACGCAUGCCGUUGCCUCGAGCAACUCGUGAACACAACUCCAUACUUCAAUAAUACGAACGACUUCGAUCACCUGAAGGCCGUGGUGUGGAAGGCGGUUGACAGUCCUGUCGCUCCCGUCAGGCACGCAGCUGCAGCCUGUCUCGCUCGUGCACUAGCCAAAUUGCAUGCUUCAGAUACCCGGAUCACGUCUGUGCCGAAGCCUAAAAAAGCAAAAAGAUUGUCAAGGAAACCGACAGCGAAGCCGACAGAAGAUGAUGAGGAGGCAGAGAUUUCCGAGUCGUCAACCACCAAGAAACCGGAAACUCGUCUGUUUUUCCUUCUCCCAGACCUCCUUCGCCAACUCUCCACGCAGUACCUAAAAAGCACGACUUCGAAUCGAGCUCGCGCUGGUAUCGCCGUAUGCUACAAGCACGUUUUGCGAAUCCUCGGCGACAAGAUAAUAGAAGACCGUUAUAGCCAGAUUGCGACUCAUCUUUUGUUCGACCUUUUGAACCAUCCCACAGUGACAUAUAAUCGGUUCCGAAUGUUGAUGACGAGAAAGUUUGUCAAAAGCAUUCUGGAGGAUACAGUCGGGCGCGAAUCGCUUCGGGAGACCAGUCAGCUCAACGCGGCCAAAUGGUUGAUCAAUGAUGUCCUCAAGGAUUAUCCUCAGGUGGUUCAAGAACGGCGCGAGCCAAGCAAGCAUUCUUUGACGAGCACUUUGAGCGCACUGUCUUCCCUGAUUCAAUGCCUUGGGUCCGCAUUUGCGACUCUCGCUGAGCCUUGCCGCGAGGCUCUGCUCCAGGUCCUGUCUCACCCCAGCUAUACUGUUCAAAUUCACGCAGCGCACUGUUUACGCAAUUUUGUCCUUGCCUGUCCGCACCAAUUACUGUCUUGUGUCACUAUUUGCCUGAAUACCUUGAACAGAGAAGUCAGUCAACUGGGCACUCCUCGGCAGUCGCCACGUCGUUGUGUGGGGUACGCUAAUGGUCUCUCGGCCAUGCUAAGUACAUCUCGACUACAACCUCUAUAUGGGUCUGUCGAUGUAUUCUCCCGUGUAUUUACUCAAGCAACCGACCUCUUGAAAACAAGCAGCAAUUCUGAGCUACGUGCCGCAUGUACGCAGAUACAGGUUGCUUGGAUCCUGAUUGGUGGUCUAAUGCCACUCGGUCCAAGCUUGGUGAAAAUACAUCUGUCGCAAUUGAUGCUGCUUUGGAAAAAUGCGCUUCCAAUCCACCUGAGCAAGGAAAACUCUGCUCAGCGUGGAGUAUUGGAGACGAGCUUUCUUGCCCAUGUCAGGGAAUGUGCUCUGGGCGCAUUGCUGGUCUUCAUGGAGUUUAAUAGCAAGUUAAUCACAGCGGACGGAGCGAAGAGAAUAGCAGGAAUGCUUCAGAAUACAGUUGAAUUUCUCGAAGACCUCCCGCGGCAAAAGGCUGUAAAUGAAUCAUCGCAGCGUCUCCACCCUUCAUUGCAGUUGCACGAUAUCGAAACGAUGGUCCGACGACGUGUUCUGCAGUGUUUCUCCAAGCUACUUCAUGUCCACCCUUUGAGCCGUGGCGAUGUUAUCUCUCAAUCUAGCCUCUUGAGUCUGGCAAUUUCGUCCUUUGCAGACCCCGAUGCUGCCCAGGCGGGUCCUCUAGAAAGCUCAAUUGCUGCCUCGACUGCACAAUUCGACACUCUGUGGGAUCUCUGCGAUAACUACGGAUUCGGAGUCACGGGAAUCACCCGUGACUAUGUUCGCGCGGCGCUCACUGGCAAGAACGAGAAUGACAAUGGACCAGCAUGGUCUGCUGUUGACUCGGCGGAUCAAAGUAUCGAUGAUGCCUUGACUUUCCCUAUAUUUCAAGCAAGCGAGCACGAUUCAGUUCUGCUAUAUGCUUCAAGGCAAGGCGACUGUCUUUUGGCUGAUCCGCACGCAACCGGUGUUGUGAAUGCGGCAAUCGAGCUUUUCUCAGUUGCAAUCUCAUUACACGGGCCCAAGGUACAAGAAAGCAGUGUAGAACAGAUUGCCACAUACCUUGUAUCGCCAGGGCUUCAGCGGAACCCUGGCCGCAAGGCUGCUAUGAAUGUUAAUGUUGCCGUGGCGCUUCUCCAUGCCCUCAAGGUAUCGGCCAAGGGAAUCGGUCCCGGUGCCGGGAAACUCAAUCCUGCUACUGAUAAAGUCCUGCAAGAGCUCGUCCAGAAAUUUGUCACUGAUCCUGAUCUAAUUGUCCGCACGAUCGGCGCCGAAGCGCUCGGACGGCUCUGCGAGAGCUUUGGCAACACGUUCACAAAUACACAGGUCAAUUGGCUUGUGGAUACGAUCGUCGAAAAUAGAGAACCUAAUGCCCGUGCUGGCUGCGCUACUGCUUUAGGUUGUAUCCAUUCUCAAGUCGGUGGUAUGGCAGCUGGUCUGCAUCUUAAGACCAUCGUUGGUGUUUUAAUGUCUUUAUGUAACGAUCAUCACCCUUUAGUCCACUUCUGGGCUCUUGGUGGUCUAGAACGAGUCGCGAACUCUGCGGGAUUGACCUUCUCGCCCUUCGUCUCCAGUUCUCUUGGAAUGCUCGCUCAGCUGUACAACGCAGAUACUCACAACGAAGAGGCAGCAGCCCUGGCUACAUCCAAUAUCGAGAUGUCCUUCCUCACUCCUGUCCUGAUCAGUCGCUGCGUGGACUCGCUAAUCAAUGUGCUCGGACCUGACCUUCAGGACAUUGCAAAGACAAGGAACCUUAUUCUCACCCUGCUCAGGCAAUUCCAACUGGAGGACAAUUCGGCUCUGGUCACAGAGAGCUCAAAGUGCUUGGAUCACUUGUCACUGUAUGCGCCGGCAUAUGUCGACUUUUCUGGAUAUGUUAAACGAUUGCAGGUCGAGCUCUCUGCCGAUAAUCCUCUGAUGAGAGACGUGGCUAUCCGAGGCCUUAGUAACCUAAUGAAGAGAGACGCUGCUUCUGUUAUUCGCACCGCUACCCCGGCUCUUGAAGAGGACAUCUGGCUUGCAUUUGACGAUACACCUGAUAAUCCGAUUUUGAAGGGUAUGAUCCAGGACUGGAUGCAGCAGACAGCGCUUGAAGAGACAGAGCUCUGGAUUCAACGCUGCCACAAUACCUUGACCAAGACGCGCUUCAAAGCGGAGGAGCCGCCUCUUACAUCAGCGGUGAAACCCUCUGCUAACGACAUGCCGGACGACGAGGUUGCAGGAUUUGCAUCCGCUAUUGCAGGGGCCGGACAGUCAGAUGGAACAAAUGACACAGUAUCCGGGCAGGAACUAUUGAAAUGGCAGACUCGGAAUUUCGUUAUGAGUUGCCUGAGUGAGCUCUUAUGUUUCGUACAGGAAGCUAUCCUGCCGGAUCAGGUGAUCCCCGCGGAACUUGCUUUACAACAGAAGGUCGGAGAUAUUGUCCGCAUGGCGUUUUCAGCUUCCACAGCAAACGUAAUAGAGCUUCGCAUCUGGGGUCUAAAGAUCAUCGACCAAGUGCUGAGGAUGUUUGGCAAAACUCCAGACCCGGACUUUACUGAGGCGUCUCUUCUUGAGCAGUACCAGGCCCAGAUCGGAUCGGCUCUUACCCCGGCGUUUGCUGCAGACUCAUCUGCAGAGCUGGCGUCCGAGGCCAUUAAUGUCUCAGCGACAUUCAUUGCCACGGGUAUUGUGACGAAUGUUGAGAGGAUGGGCAGGAUUCUCAAGCUUCUAGUCCUUGGCCUCGAAAAUUUCUCCAAUAAUCUGGACACCACCGAAAUCGGGGAAUUGAAGGGCCUCAACUCCAACGCCAGAGUUAUGGUCAAGAUGGCCUUGUAUUCCGCCUGGGCACGGCUUCAGAUCGCUAGCAUCGAGCAAGAGUAUCUGAACGAGGUUGUGCAGCCAUACCUUACUAAGCUCACGCCGUUGUGGCUCUCCUCUCUUCAGGAGUACGCACGCCUGAGAUUUGAGCCCGAUAUCUCUGGAAGUUUGGGUACCGGGCCACUGGGCGGCGAUUUGGACGAAGUGUACGCUGCGUUGAACCGGGAGACACUAUUGAAGUUCUACCAAGACUCGUGGUUAAAUCUUGUCGAUGCAAUUGCUGGGCUAGUCGAGAGGGACAUAGAUUUCGUUUUUGACGCCUUAGACGGCAAGUCCGAGCUCGAGAAAUCGAAGCCGGAUGAAGAAGAACAAGCUGCGUCUAAAGAAGAAGUGGGAAGCAAAGGUCACGACAUUAACUAUCGCGACGAGCCGGUUGCUUUCUUCUUCGUCCUCUUCGGGCUUGCAUUCGAGGCUUUGGUCGACCAGUCGACUACUCCGUCACAAAGACUGGAGAUUCUCCAGGCACUCAAGCGAAUCCUACGACCGGUGAUUUCGGGCAAUGCGAUCUAUCAGGACGCUAUCUUCUCGGAGACUAUGGACUCGUUGGAUCGGCUCGCUUUGACGGAGGGCACUCCUAUUCAAAAUGUGAUUGUGGAAAUCGCACGCAACCUCUCCCUAGACCAUCCGUCGGCCAAGGGAGGCGAGGAUCGAGACGACCAUCUAUCCGACGACAUCGAACAGCUUUUCGAGUUGACGAGGAGCAUCAUUCUUGUCCUUGCGGGAUUGCUACCCAACCUGCGCGAAUCCGCGCCCCUUGCGCGUUUCGGCGUGGGAUCAGAAGAUGCCUUGUCCCUCAUCCGGCUCUCGCUCUCGUCCCUUGUCAAUGUUGCCUCAAUAUUCCCAUCGAUUAUCCGCAACGAUCUCAACGCAUGCAUCUUACACAUUUUCAGUACAAUCUUAGCUACGGGCUUGUGUCAGGCCGAAGUCGUUCCCCAGGCCCUGCCAACAUUCAAGCAUUUCAUCAGCAGCGUUAGCAAUAGUCCAGACAUUGGCCCGGAAGACCCGGAGAACGUUGCCGUCGUCUCUCGCCAGUUACGCGGCUGCCUCACUCGCUUCCUCACGACGCUGACCCUUGCCCAACGGCGAGAGUCCGAGUCCUCACUGCCGUGCGCUAAGAACACUCUUUUGGCCAUCGCCAUCCUUCUCACCACCGGCGGCCACCUUAUCCCACCCCAAGACCCGGUCGUCCCUCGCGUCUUAGACGAACUGCUAGACUGCCUCCAGGAUGUUGGCCUCGCCAACGUUGCCGCAGGCUGCAUCCGGUCCAUCCUUCUAACCUCUACGCCCAAAUCUACUACCAGCGAGGCCAUUGCCCGAUACCUCACUCCGCGCCUCAUUGCGUUCUACGUCGGUUGCCCCAGGGAGAACGGCGACAUAGCCAAUGACCCGGAGAACUCCAAGACCGUCAUCGCGCGCACUCUCGUCUCUUGCGUCACGAAUGCCGUCUUCUCCGCGGACGCGACGCCGACCGCCAUGUCGCUCGUCAUGUCCACGCUGCUCUCCCGCGCCGAACGCGAGGGCACCGCCGUCUACACAGAGACCUCCGCCCACCUCCUCGAGCUUGCGAAAGCCAACCAAGUCAUCUUUCGCGCCCUGGUGGCCACCAUGCAACCCGCGCAGAAGUCGAUGCUGGAGGACAUUCUGCGCAGUAGCGACGCGAACUCCGGAGCAAACAAACAGGCCCGGGAUCGCGCGGACUCGGACCACGAGCAGCAGAGCAUGCCCAGUAUUGCACUGCGGAUGGACUUUUGA